AAGUUGAAAGGCCAAUUGCUACCACACAUCAGUAUCUGACGCCUCGACUUUUUACGAUAUAACGGCCCGGUUAUCCCCAACGAUUGAUUUAUCGCAAAGUUUCGCCCAUCAUGUCCAUGUAUCCGCAUCGCGGCCUCCCGUCGGCGGGCCGUCUCAAUGAACUGCUGGAACAGAUUCGUUCCGAGUUCGAAGCCCAGGCUCGUAUCAAUGAAGGCUAUGAACAGCAGAUCCAGCAACAAGUUCAAGAGGCCUCGCUUAUCAGAGACAAGGUCUAUCAAUUGGAGCAGGCUCAUAUGAAUAUCAAGAACAAAUACGAUGAGGAGAUUGUGCUACUCCGCCGCCAGCUCGAUAUCGCUCGAGGGAAUGCGCCUCCACAGCCUGGCGUGCCUGGACCUCAGCACGGUGGCCCUUCCGCUCCGCCACCGUCUAUUGGCGUCGGGAAUAACCUCUUCGGAGGUAUAAUGACUGGCCAAGGAGGCCAAGGUGCUGGUUUGCCCCCUCAACCUCCUCCACCGGAGCACCAACCACCCGGAGCUCAGCAUCCGAUGCCACAGCCGCCUCCGGGUCUUCAAGGCCCUCCGCCCCCGCCUCCACCGCCGUCUCAGGCACCUCCAUUCCAGCCUGCGUAUGGACAAGGGCCUGGACCAAAUGGCUUCCCUGGUCAAGCCCCUCAAACAACAGCCUCUCCUGGGCCUGCUAAGCGUGGUAUCGGAAGACCUCCCGCUGGUGGCCCGGCUACCCCUCAGAUUAACACACCCCUGCCGUACGCUGGCCCCGGCGCUUCGCCUCAAGUUCCAAAUCAUCCUACACCUGACCACAGAGUUGUUCAUCCACCUCCGGGCGCCAUGGUCAACAAUGCACUUGGUGAGCUAGAUCCCGACCGUGUUCCUGCGCAUGUUAAGAAGACUCGUGAUGAUUGGUUCGUCAUUUUCAAUCAACAUGUUCCCCGUGUGUUAGAUGUCGACCUUGUCCACACUUUGAUUCACGAGAGCGUUGUCUGCUGUGUUCGAUUCAGCCACGACGGAAAGUACGUUGCUACUGGCUGCAAUCGUUCUGCGCAGAUUUACGAUGUCAACACUGGCGACAAGGUCUGCGUCCUGCAAGACGAAGGCGCCGAUGUCAGUGGCGAUUUGUAUAUCAGAAGCGUUUGUUUCAGCCCUGACGGCAAAUAUCUGGCUACUGGGGCAGAAGACAAGCUUAUCCGGGUUUGGGAUAUCGCUAGUCGAACCAUUCGCAAUACUUUCGCCGGCCAUGAACAAGACAUCUACUCACUAGACUUUGCUAGGGAUGGCCGAACUAUCGCCUCCGGUAGUGGAGACAGGACAGUACGUCUUUGGGAUAUAGAGAACAGCACGAACAUAUUAACUCUCACUAUUGAGGACGGUGUUACUACCGUUGCUAUCUCACCCGAUACCAAGUACGUGGCAGCAGGCUCUUUAGAUAAGAGUGUUCGCGUCUGGGAUAUCCAUCAAGGAUAUCUCAUAGAGCGUCUAGAAGGACCCGAGGGUCAUAAAGACAGUGUCUAUUCAGUUGCCUUUUCUCCUAGUGGUAAAGAGUUGGUCAGUGGUAGUCUCGAUAAGACAAUCAAAAUGUGGGAACUUUCGACCUCUCGUCUUCCAGGCAGUUCAGGACCUAAGGGAGGCAGAUGCAUCAAGACUUUUGAAGGACACAGGGAUUUCGUCCUUAGCGUGGCCCUCACACCGGACGCCAGCUGGGUGAUGUCUGGGUCCAAAGACCGCGGUGUCCAGUUCUGGGACCCACGGACCGGUUACACUCAACUCAUGCUACAGGGGCACAAGAAUAGCGUCAUCUCCGUGGCCCCUAGCCCAACUGGCGGUUUCUUUGCCACUGGUUCCGGUGAUAUGAGAGCUCGCAUUUGGUCAUAUCGCCCGCUUACACAGUAAGGUACUCGCGUAAGGAGAAAGAUGUCUGAGAGUAUUCUAAGAGCAGCACAAUGUCAAUUCCAAGACUGACUAACUAGCUGCUGAAGAUAUCAGUAAAUAAGCACG